AUGACGACCAUCAAGUAUGAUCCGACGCAGGACUUCAUACACUCAACACUCACCAGCAUCACUGGCCGCCCCACCCGCACAGGCAUCAAACGCCUAGAAAAAGAAAACAAAGACAAUGCACGUCAGAUCCAUAGCCUCCGCGGCAAUGGCAACGAAGGACACUUACGCCUCUGCUACACCCUAGACAGGUUCAAUGCAAGGCCUGCAGUAGCCGGAACGCCAUGGGUCGACCCAGUCCAUCCAGGAACACGCCCAGAUGUCCCCGAUGGAGCCACCGGACCCCAAAUCACGCGCAUGGUCUCAGCACACAAGUAUGACCUCACCGAAUUCCAGCUCUUCCAAUCCACCGAAAAGGCCCUCUUACGCAAGACCAUGGAAGCCGUCGAAGAAGUCUACUACAAGUCUCUCCAAGACCCCGAUGAAGGAUACUCCACACUCAGCUACAAUGACCUCAUUGUCCACCUCAACGAACAGUAUGGAACCCUCACCAAUGACGACCUUGACAAAAACAUCGACCGCAUGAAUGCCAAAUGGACACCAACACAGCCCAUCGAACAGCUCUUCCAUCAGAUCAACGAUGCCCGCUCCUUCGCACGCGACCAUGACAACAUCACUGAAAGAGCCACCAUCCGUUCUGCACUUAAAAAUUUGGAAAACAGCGGCGUUUUCACGUUAGCUCUCAAAGAAUGGCGCAACAAAGCCGAAGACGACCAAACAUGGACCAACUUACAGACAUUCUUCGCCAAGGCCAACACCGAACGCCUCCGCUCCAUCACAACCAAACAAGCAGGCUUCCACGACCAGCAUCAAGCCAACAAUGCCAACACCAACAGCAGCCCAUACUUUGUCAAAGACAUGGCCGGCAACACCAUGGCCUACUGCUGGACCCACGAGUCCAAUGGGACCUAA